AUGCCGGUACAACUACUGCCGGCUUCGGCGCAGGCCUUCGCGCCUCGAUCCGGUCCAGAGAUUGUGCUCAAUUCCAAGGUAGAGCCUUGGUUAACACAAACACUGAAGCGCAUCAACCGGAUAAAGCGGCCACUCAACAGCAUACCCCAACACCACAGAUGUCUUACCGAGACUCUUGGUGGAAGUAAUGCGAUCUGGACGCUGGCCUCGCUCAUGCUACCAAAGGCACCCGAUUCAGACCUACGAAAAGACUCAAAUCCACUGAUCGAGGCACUGUUCAACUACCAGCUGAUCCACGUGGAGGCCUAUGUUGUGCACGUAGACAUGGUCUCACAGCACGAGGUUGCAUUCAAGCUCACUCCAGAAACGAUAGAAUCGUUAGUCGAAUACCACAAGGACAUCUACUCGGUAGACGCCUCUGCGAGUACCUGGAGCUGGCCCGAGAAGGAAGCACAAGUCAAGAAGAUGCAAGAGGAGUUUGUCCAGGCCACGAACAGGUUCGUGUUCCGCACUGGCGUCCGCGCACUCGAAGGUAUUGAGGAGGAUGGUGCUGGCGAGUUGCUGGAGGGUCGAUCGGAAGACGUCAAAAGCUCAAUCAUGAACAUGUUCCUGCCACUGCUUCCACCCCCACCGCGGAUCGUGGACGUCAUCCAUCCAGCGCCAAUCAUGCCAAACGUCUCACUACCAGGAAACUGGUGGGGCCCUCAACAACACACAAUGGCGCCUGCGCACCCACAGCCCGUGGACUCCUGGAAGGUUCUGCCCUCAACGCCGUCUCCCACGGCCACGACAUGCAGCGACAACCAGUCCAACAGCUUCUGGCAGGAUAUGCACCUCAGCGCUGUUCAGCUCCCCUCGCCAACGCCAUCGUUAAGCACGCCGUACACUUCAGCGCCAUCGCAUUACUACAGCUCACCGCAGUAUGUACCCGCAAUGCCAGCGCUGACCCUGCCAAGCUCGCUGCCACAACACUGUGGAAGCGACUACAGCAUGGGCGGCUUCAACGACUUCGGCUGGAGUCAAAGCAACUUCGCACCGCAGUACGCCACCACGGUAUGA